UGCGUCGCGCUGAUCAUAGCUUCGUUGUUGUUUCGAUUUCUGGAAAUCAUGUUGCUUAGUCGAACCAAAUCAAAGAUUUGGAUUCACAACAACAAUUCUCCCAAUUUCUCUUGUUCUUCUUUCAAAGAUAUCAACACCCUUUUCUCCGACGAUUCUGAUUACAAUUCACCCAUUUCCACCACCACCACCAAAAAACCCAAUAUAUUCCAUCGUGUCCUCCGCGUUAACGCCGUCCUCCGUGCUUUCUCAACCCGACCCGCACCCGCACCCGAAUCAACAACUCCGAAAUCGAUUCAAAUCCCAGCAGCUGAGAAGAAAAUAGUGAUUUACUUCACCAGCCUUAGAGUAAUUCGUUCUACAUUCGAUGAUUGCAAAGCCGUUCGAUCGAUUCUGUCUAGCUUUCGUGUUUCGGUUGAUGAACGAGAUGUGUCUAUGGAUGCGGGGUUCAUGGAAGAGCUAAAGACGAUAUUGGGUACCCGUGUAAAGACGAAAUUGUCCUUGCCCAGAGUUUUCAUCGGCGGGAGUUACGUUGGUGGCGCGGCGGAGAUUAUUCAGCUGCAUGAAGCCGGUGAGCUGAAGAAAUACGUUGAAGGGCUGACUCCGGCGGAAUUCAGCACGUGCGAAGUGUGUGGAGGUAAUAGAUUUGUUCUCUGUGAAGAGUGCAGUGGUAGCCAAAAGUGUUAUAGCGAGAAAAGUGGAUUCAGGACUUGCACGGUUUGUAAUGAGAAUGGUUUGAUCAGGUGCCCUUCUUGUUACUACCCGAUACUCUGAAUGCAAUCGUUAACAUUGUUUUCGUUAGAUUAGUCAGAAAGUAUUAGCUGAAAAAGGA